CCACAUGUUCAUCAUCACCUUCAACGUACGGUUAUCUACCGCCUCAUCUAAUACGACGCUGUUUUGGCAAACACCACGCUCAAUUCAACUUCUCCCACUACACAGUACUACACACUCAUGGCGUCUCUUUCGAUCUGCAAUGUCUACGCUGGAAUUUCGUACGGAAUUAGGCCGGCUUCAAGUGGCGGCGCCGCCGCGAAGCCUCGGCGGAUGGUGGCGGUGAGGGCGGAGGCAAUCAACCCGGAUAUCCGUAAGACUGAAGAUAAAGUGGUGGAUUCGGUUGUGGUCACUGAGCUCGCCAAGCCACUCACUGCCUACUGCAGGUGUUGGAGGUCCGGGACAUUUCCCCUGUGUGAUGGAAGCCAUGUGAAGCACAACAAGGCGACUGGCGAUAACAUUGGACCGUUGCUCCUUAAGAAUAAAUAGUCUGUUAUUAUUGCAUUUGAUGUUUCUUUUAUAGACAAUCUUGUUAUUCUUUACGAGAAGAUGAACGUAUUUAUCGCUGAUAAUCGGAAUAUUAGAGUGUUUGUUGUUAUUAUCA